AUGAUAACACCACCAAAAACUAUAAAAUCAAUUAAAAAGGAGAUGAAUGCACAAUUAGAUUGGAUACUUGAGGAUUUAACAGAGUUGUUAAAUUAUUUAAAGUAUUCAGAGAAUAGGAGACAGGAAAUACAAUCAUUGGUGUUUGCUAAAAAAAGAGUUAUAAGUAUCUGUAAUAGAAUAGCAGAAAUAUUUAGAUAUGCAGUGAUGAUAAAAUAUAAAAAGUUUGAGUAUAAUGAAAAUAAUAAUGAAUUUAAUGAGUUAUUUGAGAAACAAAUAAAAGAUUUAAACAUAAAAUAA